AUGAGCUUUGCUACAAUUACAGCUUUGCUGCUCUGCAGCCUCAGCUGGAUCUCUCUCUCAGAGACUCAGACUGUGAAAAUCCAGCCUGGAGAAGAUGUCACACUGCUGUGCUCCAACUUUUCCAGUAGCCCUACUCAAACAGUCUGGUUUAGACUAGUCAACCAAACCCAGCCUCGUUGUAUUUCAUCCAUUUACAAGCCCGAUGAGCCAGCCUCAUUCUGUAACGGAGUUGAACGUAAAAAGUUUGAAGUCACAUCCAACAUCUUGACCAUCUUCCUCAAAAUCAAACAUGUGGAUUUGUCUGACUCUGGAUUGUAUUUUUGUGGAUUUUAUGUAACCAGAAACCCAGUGAUUGUCAGCUCAACAUAUUUGAAGGUUCAAGCUGGUAAAACAACAGACUUGACAACGUUGAUCCUGAGCGGUGUGACUGUUGUUCUCACCAAGGUCAUCAUUUGCCUUGUUGUCAGAAUGAGGCUUCAGAAAGUGUCAGUUUCUCAGUCUCAGACUGUUGAGGUCCAGCUGGAUGAAGAAGUCACCCUGCAGUGUGCCAACAUUUCCAAAUAUAGUGGUGUAGCAUUCUGGUUCAGACUGGUCAACAGAACCAAGGCCAGCUGUAUCUCUAUCAUGUUUGAUGCUGAUAAAAGCGUUGCGUACUCUGAGGGUGAAGACAAACAUCAACAACAGAGUGAGAAUCUGGGCUUUGAUGACGUGAACUAUGCCACGGUGACAUUUGGUCGAAAACCACGAAGAAGAGACCUUGAACCAAAUGUUGUGUAUGCUGCCACCAGAUAG